CCCGUGGGCUCCAUGACAGAAACCAUCAUAAGAGCUUCCCCACCUCUGCUGAACUCGCACAUAUGAAACCAAAACAAGUUUUGACUACAGCAUUCAAACACAUGCAAAACUUGGCUCUUGGUCUGCAUUACAAGCUGAGAUCUUGCCAUAUGCAAGAGAAAAUAUGUGGUAUGGCUAGCUACCAUCCUCUUCAUUCCCGAUCAAUGGAUUCAAUAAGCAAUCCAAAAGGCUGCACCAACUUGUCCUAUUUCAGAGGCUGUGCAGACGCCAAUGCAGACGCCGAGCCCAAAGAAAUGACAGCAUCACCAAACACAAAUUGUGGAGUUCCUCCCGUCUGCAAAAAGCUCGACGGAUUGGCAGCCUGGCUUUUCCACUCCGUGGCAGAAGCUUUCUUUGCAUCUCUUCUACGCUGCUCUUGCAUUCACAUCGACACAAAAGACGACCCUGAUGAUAUUUUCUACAUCCCUCUUAAUAGGAGCCAGGUGGAGGAGGAGGAGGAGGAUGGUGGCAUUCAAAUCUCAAUAGCAAAUGUGGUUUCUGAAAACUAUUAAUUCAGGAAGAGAUGCAUGACAUAAAUAUGUAAUUACCGUGUGUGAUUACUAGGGGCAAAUGUGCUUGUGUAAUGCACGUGCCUUGCCUCAUGCAUUGUACAAAUUGUUAUUUCUGGUUCACGUAGCCAUAUCAUAAAAUAAAAGAUUAAUUAAUAUAUAUUUUCUUAUAAUUAUAA